UUUUAAAAUCGAGCUGACCCUAAUUCGGUAGUUAAUCGGGUUGGGAAGCCGUUUUUAUAAUUUAGCGUAAAAAGAAUUAUUUGAAUUGAACUAAAAAGCCGUCGGAAAAGAGCAUCGUUUCAUCUUCUUCGUCCUCACUCUCCUACAAAGAAAUGGCUUCCACUUCCAUCCCCCUCCUCAAUCUCUCCGCCAAAACCUCCAUUAGAGCAGCUCUAUUCCCUCACUCCUCCGCCAUCAAAUCUCGCCACCAUUCUUCUCUCCCUUUUCUCCCCUCUAAGUCCCCAAAAUUCACCCCCAUUCGCAUGUCCUACAACCCUACUCCAGCCACCGACCGCCUCAUCUCCGCUGUUGCUUACACUCUCCCCUUCUUCAACUCCCUCCAGUACGGCCGCUUCCUCUUCGCCCAGUACCCAGCCCUCGGCUUCGCCUUCGAGCCGCUGCUCCCGAUUCUAGGGCUUUAUCGCUCGAUCCCGCAUUCCAGCUUCGUCGCGUUCUUCGCUUUAUACUUGGGCGUGGUUCGAAACCCCAGUUUCAAUCACUAUGUGCGCUUCAAUUCGAUGCAAGCGGUGACUCUGGACGUGCUGCUGGUGGUGCCAUUGUUGAUACAGAGGAUCCUGAGUCCGGGAAGAAGCGGGAUAGGGUUCAAGAUAAUGGUUUGGAGCCAUAAUGGAUUGUUUGUUUUCAGUGUUUUGUGCUUUCUAUAUAGUGUGGUUUCUUGUCUUCUCGGUCGAACCCCACACUUGCCCAUUGUUGCUGAUGCUGCUGGCAGGCAGAUUUAGCUUCCAGGUGGAAGUUAUGUCACAGCUAGGUAGGUUUGUAGCAACUAAUGGUGGAGGGAAGCAAGCUGAAGUGAACAUUGUUCCACUAGUAUAAAGUAUGCACCUCAAUCUGGAGGUUGGAGGUUAAACCAUCUCGCCAAACAAUUGUGUAAGGAAAGGAUGGUGAUUCUUUGUAGUUUGGUUGAAAGAAUGAGAGGCCCCAUGAACUUUUGAAGAAUUGAUAGAAAAAAUGGAUGGGGACUUUCUUUCACUUUUAUUUUUUUUAUAAAAUUUGAUCUCUAAAACUUGUGAUAGUUGUUAAUUUGAUCUCCAUAGCAAUCUUGGCUGACAAGCAUCAAGAUAACUCAUUGAAAUAGUUGGCUAAACAGAAGAAACUUAUUGUGCUAUUUUUGACAACUAUCACUAUUGACAAACACCUUUAUAAAA